AUGUGCAGCCGCGUGGUGAGGGGCCGCGAGCAGCUGCGGGUCAAGUGGACCGGCCUGGAGUACUCCGAGUCCACCUGGGAGGAGGAGGACCAGGUGGCAGGCGACGCCGCAGGCAGGGUCGCCCUGGCGCGCUUCCGCCGCUUCAGCGUGCGACCCGACUGCGGCCCGCCCAAGCCGAAGCGCCCCAGCAAGGGGGACGUCGACGCGCGCCGCCUGCCCGCCUUCCGCAACGGCAGGAAGCUGCGCAACUACCAGGAGGAGAGCCUCCACUGGAUGGUGUCCAACUACCGCGGGGACUUCAACGGCGCAACAUGGGAGCCCCGCAACUGCCUGCUCGGGGACGAGAUGGGCCUGGGCAAGACGGCGCAGUCCAUCUCGGUGAUGGCCUGGCUGAGGCAGUUCGGCAAGGUGCAGUGGCCGUUCCUGGUGGUGGCGCCGCUGACGACGCUGGGCCACUGGCAGAGGGAGAUCGAGACCUGGACAGACAUGAACACCGUGGUGUAUGCAGGGGCGCGCGCCGACCGCGACAUCAUCCGGGCCACAGAGUUUUGGCACAGGGGAGGCAGCAGCGGCAGGGGUGACCCCAAGCCCGACUUUGGCCCCAAGUUCCAUGUUUUGCUGACGUCAUACGAGACGGUCCUGAAAGACACAGCCGCCUUCAGGGGCUUCAAGUUUGAGGCCGCCAUCCUUGACGAGGCCCACCGCCUCAAGUCCCGCAGCAGCGCCACGCGGCUGGCCCUGGAGGACCUCAACAUCCACUGGCUGCUGCUGCUCAGCGGGACGCCGGUGCAGAACAACAUGAAGGAGCUGCAGGUGUGA